GAACCUUCUACGAGGACAAUGCUAUUAGAAAUGGAAGAAUAUCAACAGUUUCCUAAUUCAUGUAAAAAAUUUUUUGCAGCAGGAUAUUUUGUAUUAUUUGGUUGGAGACCAUUCAUGGUUUGCUUGGAUUUUACACAUAUAGAGUGGCCUUAUUAUUUUCCUAGACCUUUAUUUGCUUUUUCAAUUAUACUUGCAAUUUGUAUGGGAUUAGCUAUAGGAGCAUUAUGUGCUUGGCAUUUUUAUUUGGUCUUGACAGCUCAAACAACAGUUGAAUUUUAUAAUAAUUAUUACGAUAAAAGUGUGUGUAAACAACAAGGUGAAAUCUUUGUUAAUAUGUAUAACUUUGGUCCUUUGGAGAACUUUAAACGAUUCUUUAAUAUCUGUGAAGAAUAUCCUUGGUAUACACUCUUUUGUCCUAUACCAAUACCACCAAGGGGAACUGGACGUCUAUUUGAGAAAUGUGAAGAAUUUUACAUGUUAUCAGAAUCAAGGCAAAGAGCCCAUCUUCUAGCUCAACAAGAAAGUCAAGACAUUGAAGAUUUAAAAGACAUUUAA